AUGAAAGCCGCAUGCAUAAUCUUAACUAUAAUAAUCUUCGUCGCUAUAAUGGCUGUGUGCGUGAUGGUGAAGUUUGCUACAGACAUCACAGUGGAGGACAGGAAGAGAGAAUACAUGCCCGGGAACGAAGGAGUCUACGAAGUGGCCAAGUCUAUUGGUGUGUUCGCUCUUAAUGAUAAUUAUACGCUGCCCAUAGCUGAAAGAUUCCCCUACGUCGCCGCAAUAACUAGAAACUCAUCCGACACCUGGUCGUUCGCGUGUUUCGGAAGCGUCAUACUCGUCAAAUGGGUCGUAACAUCCGCUCACUGUAGAAAACCGGGCGCGACACACAGAAUUCUACUUCUACAAGACUAUAUAAAAAAUUACACGCAUACAUAUCCUAUUCUCUUCUGGAGAAUCAACGAAAAGUAUAAUGCGAGUGAUCCAUCUGGCAAAAACGAUAUCGCAGUUGCUAAAUUGAACCUGGAUUCUUAUCCAGCGAUCGCGAAAUCUUCUACGAUAGAUAGCAAUGAAGCAAAAGACAUCGAAGCUAAUGUUUGGAAGACUGUAUCGACGAUGAGUAAGCAGGUUUAUUUGACCAAUAACUUCGAUAAGUUUGAAGUGAAAAUCGCGAAAAAUCACAAAUGUUUCGAGAGCUACGGCGUCAAGAUUGACGAUAGUCUGAUCUGUGUUGACAUGUCUGACUACGAAGACUGCUUUAUUCACGAAUUCGGACCGCUGUACUCGGGGGAUAAGCUCGUCGGGAUACUAGCGAUGAAGCCAAAGGACUGCGAUCUCAAACUACUGGUGUUUACCAAUGUAUCGUAUCAUGCCAAAUGGAUUUUAAGAAUUACACAUACUCCGUUAUAUGGAUAA